GGCUAGGCCAGAGCAGCCCAAGAUGGCCGACUUCGAGGAUCGUGUGUCGGAUGAGGAGAAGGUACACAUAGCUGCUAAAUUCAUCACUCAUGCACCCCCAGGGGAAUUUAAUGAAGUAUUCAAUGAUGUCCGGCUACUACUUAAUAAUGACAAUCUCCUCAGGGAAGGUGCAGCACAUGCAUUUGCCCAGUAUAACAUGGAUCAGUUCACGCCUGUGAAGAUAGAAGGAUACGAAGAUCAGGUCUUAAUCACAGAGCAUGGUGACUUGGGUAAUAGCAGAUUUUUAGAUCCAAGAAACAAAAUUUCCUUUAAGUUUGAUCACUUACGGAAAGAAGCAAGUGACCCCCAGCCAGAGGAAGUAGAUGGAGGUCUGAAGUCUUGGAGAGAAUCCUGUGACAGUGCUUUAAGAGCCUAUGUGAAAGAUCAUUAUUCCAACGGCUUCUGUACUGUUUAUGCUAAAACUAUAGAUGGGCAACAGACUAUUAUUGCAUGUAUUGAAAGCCACCAGUUUCAGCCUAAAAACUUCUGGAAUGGUCGUUGGAGAUCAGAAUGGAAGUUCACCAUCACACCACCUACAGCCCAGGUGGUUGGAGUCCUUAAGAUUCAGGUUCAUUAUUAUGAAGAUGGCAAUGUUCAGUUGGUUAGUCAUAAAGAUGUACAAGAUUCAAUCACUGUUUCGAAUGAAGUCCAAACUGCCAAGGAGUUUAUUAAAAUCAUAGAGAAUGCAGAAAAUGAGUAUCAGACAGCAAUUAGUGAAAACUAUCAAACAAUGUCAGACACCACAUUCAAGGCCUUGCGCAGGCAGCUUCCAGUUACCCGCACCAAAAUCGACUGGAACAAGAUACUGAGCUACAAGAUUGGCAAAGAAAUGCAGAACGCUUAAAGGCUGGAUGUAGAAUUCUUCAGUAUGUGGAAAGAAAAGGAUUCAACGUGUGAUAAUAUGAUAAAUAAGUGAUUUAUAAACAAGAAUGAUAUUUUGCUAGGGCUUUCAAAUUUAAAAGGUUUUCUAGCCUCAUGGAAUACUGUUGAACCUAUAGCGUUGUCUUGAUUCUUUUGUGUUCUCUGCCUUGUAAUUUUCUGUUAUCACCAUAUCUACUUGUAAAUUUUCUUUUUUAAUUCCGCUACAUUUAAUGUUGGAGAGAGAGAGCUAUCCUGGAGUCAUUUUAAUGUUUAGAAAAUUUUCCUAGCAAUGAAGCUCUGUUACUGAUUUAGACAGGUAAUAUGUUCAGUACUUUUACACCCCUAUCCUUCAGAAGUACUUCUGGUACUUCAGUGGUUUUUACUGAUCCAUCAACAGCUAAAGAGAGGCUAUGCUACAAACUAUAGCUAAAUGGAAGACACAUUUAUCCUUCUCCCUCCAACUGCUUUGAUCAUCACUUAUAGCCUCUCAGAACUGUAGUUUUCAAAAAUUUGGAUUGGGACUUUUGAGGUCCUUUUGCGGGAACAAAGGAAGUUUUCUGGGGAACUCUAUUAUACCCAGCUUCUCGGGGGAACUUGUUUUUAAAUCCAAAGACUUGAACCAUAUUCCCUGCACAUGAACGUGCUUGCUUUUUCUUCUCUUCUCUCAUUGUCUCCUUCUCAUCCAGUACCAUUGUAGUUAUAGACAUCUGCAUUUUUAGAAGAGUUUUACCCAUUUAUGUGUUUUUUACACAUUCAAGAACUGCUGAUAUACUGUGGAUGUAGUAGAGUAUAAAACUUGAAAACUGCAGAUGUUGAAGGAAUGAUAGGUAUCUUGUGCUUUAAUACUUCAUGGCAGGAUUGUACUAUAAGCAAAUGAAUCAAAUAACUGCGUAAAUCACAAACAAAAACUAAAAAUGAACCAAAGUGAAAAGGAUAACUUUCAGGCAGUAUCUUUCUAUUGUAACCUGUUAUUUAAGGGAAUACUAGUGAUUUCUUCUAAAUAGGAUGUAAAACUUGUUCCAAAUUACUCUUCCUCAGUCCUGCCUGCCAAGAACUCAAAUGUAACUGUGAUACAGCAACCCUUCCCAGGUAUAUUGGCAGGUAUGUGUGAUCUCAGAAUCCACAGGUGACAUAGAUAUGAUAUGACAACUGGUAAUGGUGGAUUCAUUUACAUUGUUUACACUUCUAUGACCAGGCCUUAAGGGAAGGUCAGUUUUUUAAAAAACCAAGUAGUGUCUUCCUACCUAUCUCCAAAUACAUGUUAAAAACAGAAGGGUGUUUGUGCUUCGGCUUUGUUUUUGCUCAGUAAUACAGUCAAGCAAGAGUUUGUUUUCAAGUGACCCAUUGAGCUAUGUAAGCAUUUUUGUUUAUUUCAAAUAAAAUAUAUUUGUAUUAUUUGUCAUUCAUACUAUCCAUCCAUACCACACUAUCUUCUGUACCAGGUAGUCCAAUAGAAAUAUACCUGUUUUGUUCUAAAA